GCCAGCCACCAGAUAAAACAAUUAAGCAUCUAGUGUUGUUAUAGUGGCGUUUUUGUUGUGGUCCGCGAGGUGAUCGGUCUUUCCUUGGUUGCUCGAGAGCCGGGAUAUUGCCGGGACACUUAGGUGAUUUAUCAAUGGGGAUUUUUUGGUUUUGUUAAAGGAUUGUUGUAGAUUGCGCGGUUUUUGUUCUUGUGUUUCCAUGUUUUUCGCUCUGUUAUUUUUUUUUCAUCUUAGAAGUGAUGUCGGAUCAGAUUGGCCGAAACUCGUAGCUCGUAGAGAGUCAAUAACGAUGAAGCAGCAUUUAAUUUUCCAUAAUGUGGUCGAACCCUCAAACCAUCGCCUCCCCCGAUAAUAAACGGUAUAUUAAACGACGUGUGCCAAUAAGACCAAGAAAUUAUAGUUCGUUUCGAAUCCUCUACGCCAUCCGACAUGGAAUUGGAAGUGCCCGAGUGUUUUAGAAGGUAUUUGUCGCUUUCAGACUAAAACUCUUCUUAGCGCAAAUAUUUUUACGACCCUAGUGAACUGGUACGUUGUAAAUAUGAGUGUCAACUCGGCGAAAGUGCCUUUUAGUUUGCUGAAACUUUUACAAGUGUGGAUUAUUAUGAUGUGUACUGGACCGAUUAUGUCAGAAAACAACUGGGAUGAUAUCAACAAUAGUACAAAUUACAUUCUGUCGCCUGCUUUUGAUGAUAUAUUUACCAGAGAAAUUCAUGCAUCACUGGGACAAACAUUACUUCUUCCAUGUACAGUUAGAAAUUUAGGAAAUAAAGUGGUAUCCUGGAUAAGGAGUAAAGACUUACACAUACUGACGUCCGGGAGGCACACGUUUUCCAGUGAUAGACGUUUCGAAUCCGUACACACGGAUAGCUCGGGGGACUUUUGGGGAUUACGCAUACGAGGGGCUCUCGUAUCUGACAUGGGACAGUACGAAUGUCAAGUUAACACGGAACCAAAAAUGAGUUUGGCUAUAAGCUUAAUUGUUUCCGUUUCAGGUUAUCGUAACUCUCAGGAAGAAAUGUCCAAUUCGAAGUGGGUCAGUCAAGCCCUAAUAAAAGGCCCGAGCACGGUUUACGUUCAAAACGGGUCCCCUGUGACUCUUUCUUGUGAAAUAUCACCCCUUUCGCUGCAAUCCGGAGUGCAUCGUCUGUUCUUUACCAGCACAGCGAAACCUCUAGUUAGGUGGUUACAUAAUGGUGAAGAACUGUCUUUUGAGUUCACGAAGGAUAAUAUUACAGUGGAGACUGAAUAUAAGGAUAAGGAUCAAAGAAUAUUCAGCAAAAUCCGUCUGUCUGCCGUCUCAACGCUGGAUAGCGGACAAUAUACGUGUAUGCAACCAUCGGUAAAGCCUGACAGUGUAAAGCUCAUUGUGGUUGAAGCAGAACAUUCCGAAGCUAUGCAACGAGACUACCCAAUAACGAUGGAGUCUUCUGGACAAAACCGUAUAUCUAUUGCGUCAUUUGUAACGAUUUUAUUAUCAUUGUGUUUACUUAUAAUUAUAUUAUAAAUUUAGUUCUCUAUGUACAUAGUAAAUAAAUUAUUUUUUAAAUAUA